AUGGAUACAUGGCCCAUAGCCCCCAAGCCGCCACCGGCGCUCCACAUCCCGGAAUCCACAUCCGCGGUUGAUGUGAGGGUCAUCGAUACUAACACCUUAGUCCAUUUGAACCCAGAGCUCUUCUGGCAGCCCAAGGUGGAUGGCUUCGCCGGUCUCGACGCGCCCAUAUACUGCUUUCUGAUAUCGAAUGGCAGCCAGCACGUAGUCUUCGACCUCGGCGUCCGUUCAGACUGGCAGAAUUACGCACCCAAAGUCGUCUCGCUCAUCAAGGCAACUACAGUGAUCACGCGGGGAUCGGAUGUGACGUCGGUGCUAGACACGGAUGACAGCGGCCUUAACAUCCAUAGCGCCGAUAUCCAAGCCGUCAUCUGGUCGCACAACCACUUCGACCACAUCGGAGACGUAUCCAAGUUCCCACCAAGCACCGACCUCGUCGUAGGACCUGGCGUCUGCGCAGCUUCUUGGCCUGGCUGGCCGCGGCGUCCCGACGCCAUUGUGCUCGACAGCGAUGCGGAGGGUAGAGUAGUCCGGGAGAUUUCUUUCGAGGCGAGCAGCCUGAAGAUCGGCAGCUUCGACGCCUAUGACUUCUUCGGCGACGGAUCUUUCUACCUCCUGGACGCACCUGGCCAUGCCGUCGGACAUCUGUGUGGUCUUGCCCGGACUACGGCCCAUGAUGAUGAACCGUCCUUUGUCUUCAUGGGCGCUGAUGCUUGUCAUCACCCGGGGGUCCUCCGACCCAGCGACUACCUGUCAUUACCGUCGGCAGACACCCUGCAGAGCACACUUGCAACUACCAGAAGCUCUCCAGAACAAUGUCCCGGUGCCCUGUUCCAAUCGCAUCUGACCAGUCCCAAUGCACCAUUCUUCACAGUCGCACCCGGGCCCCUGUUUCCAGACCACGAUGCAGCAAUGCUCACGGUGCGCAAGAUCCAGGAGCUCGACGCGGCGGAUAAUGUCUUGGUCUUAAUGGCCCAUGACUUGUCUCUACGGGACAAGAUCCCUCUAUUUCCAGAGACAAUCAAUGGGUGGAGAGUCAGUGGGCUAAAGACGAAAACCCGGUGGCUUUUUUGUAAUGAUUUCUUGUCUGCUUGA